ACAGGCCACUGUGUGGGCAAGCUCCCUGCCCCCCUUCACCAGGUCAAGGCUAUACCAGGACACCGCUCAGGGGCUCCUGGAAGGUUGAGGAACUUCGAGCACUGAAGCUCGCUGUGCUGAUGACACCCGGAGUCCCCAUGGCCUCGCUGAGCCGAGCCCUGCGUGUGGCCGCCUCACGCCCUUGUCGGAGCCCUGCUCAGGGCCUGGGGCCGCGUUCCCUGACCAGCGGGGCCGGCCCCACCACCGAGAAGAGCGUGCCGUACCAGCGGACCCUGAAGGAGGCCCAGGGCCCCUCGGCGGCCGCCCAGGGCCCAAGCCGGCCCCUGCCCAGCACAGCCAGCGUGGUGGUCAUCGGCGGAGGCAGCCUGGGCUGCCAGACCCUGUACCACCUGGCCAAGCUGGGCGUGAGUGGGGCCGUGCUGCUGGAGCGGGAGCGCCUCACCUCUGGGACCACCUGGCACACAGCAGGCCUGUUGUGGCAGCUGCGGCCCAGCGACGUGGAGGUGGAGCUGCUGGCCCACACGAGGCGCGUGGUGAGCCGUGACCUAGAGGAGGAGACGGGGCUGCACACAGGCUGGAUCCAGAACGGGGGCCUGUUCAUCGCGUCCAACCGGCAGCGCCUGGAUGAAUACAAGAGGCUCAUGUCGCUGGGCAAGGCCUAUGGCGUGGAGUCCCACGUGCUGAGCCCGGCGGAGACCAAGGCGCUGUACCCGCUGAUGAACGUGGACGACCUCUAUGGGACCCUGUACGUGCCUCAUGAUGGCACCAUGGACCCUGCCGGCACCUGCACCACCCUCGCCAGGGCCGCCACUGCCCGGGGAGCACAGGUCAUCGAGAACUGCCCCGUGACGGGCAUCCGCGUGCGCACAGAUGACUUCGGAGUGAGGCGGGUCGCGGCCGUGGAGACGGAGCACGGCACCAUCCAGACGCCCUGUGUGGUCAACUGUGCAGGCGUGUGGGCGGACGCCGUGGGCAGGAUGGCUGGAGUCAAGGUCCCGCUGGUGGCCAUGCACCAUGCCUAUGUCGUCACCGAGCGCAUCGAGGGGAUCCAGAACAUGCCCAACGUCCGUGACCACGAUGCCUCGGUCUACCUCCGCCUCCAAGGGGACGCCUUGUCUGUGGGUGGCUACGAGGCCAACCCCAUUUUCUGGGAGGAGGUGUCGGACAAGUUUGCUUUUGGUCUCUUCGACCUGGACUGGGAUGUGUUCACCCAGCACAUCGAAGGCGCCGUCAACCGGGUCCCCGUGCUGGAGAAGACGGGGGUCAAGUCCACGGUUUGUGGCCCAGAGUCCUUCACACCUGACCACAAGCCCCUGAUGGGGGAGGCGCCUGAGCUCCGAGGAUUCUUCCUGGGCUGUGGCUUCAACAGUGCAGGAAUGAUGCUGGGCGGCGGUUGUGGGCAGGAGCUGGCCCACUGGAUCAUCCACGGGCGCCCAGAGAAGGACAUGUAUGGCUAUGACAUCAGGCGCUUUCACCACUCGCUCACCGACCACCGCCGCUGGAUUCGGGAGCGCAGCCACGAGUCCUACGCCAAGAACUACUCUGUCGUCUUCCCUCACGACGAGCCCCUGGCAGGCCGCAACAUGCGGAGGGACCCCCUGCACGAGGAGCUCCUUGCACGAGGCUGCGUGUUCCAGGAGCGGCACGGCUGGGAGCGGCCAGGAUGGUUUAAUCCUGGAGGCACAGCCCCGGUUCUCCAAUAUGACUACUACGGGGCUUAUGGGAACCAGGCACACGAGGGCUACACCUACAACCGGCUGCUGGGGGAUGAAUACACCUUCGACUUCCCGCCCCACCACGAGGUGAUCAAGCGGGAGUGUCUGGCCUGCCGAGGGGCCGCGGCUGUGUUCGACAUGUCCUACUUCGGCAAGUUCUACCUGGUGGGCUUGGAUGCGAGGAAGGCUGCCGACUGGCUGUUCUCUGCUGAUGUCAGCCGACCCCCAGGCUCCACAGUGUACACCUGCAUGCUGAACCCACGGGGGGGCACCGAGAGCGACCUGACCGUCAGCCGCCUGGCCCCCGGCUCCGACCCCUCCCCGCUCGCCCCUGCCUUUGAAGGGGACGGUUUCUACCUGGCCGUGGGCGGGGCUGUGGCCCAGCACAACUGGUCCCACAUUACCACGGUGCUGCAGGACCAGCAGUUCCGGUGCCAGCUCAUUGACAGCUCAGAGGACCUGGGCAUGAUCAGCAUCCAGGGCCCUGCCAGCCGGGCCAUUCUCCAGGAGGUGCUUGAUGCAGACCUGAGCAAUGAGGCCUUCCCUUUCUCCACCCAUAAGCUGGUGAAAGCUGCCGGGCACCUGGUCCGGGCCAUGAGGCUGUCCUUCGUGGGGGAGCUGGGCUGGGAGCUGCACAUCCCAAGGCCAUCCUGCGUGCCCGUGUACCAGGCCGUGAUGGCAGCAGGGGCCAAGCACGGCCUUGUGAACGCAGGCUACCGGGCCAUUGACUCCCUGAGCAUCGAGAAAGGCUACCGGCACUGGCAUGCAGACCUGCGGUCAGACGACAGCCCCCUGGAGGCGGGCUUGGCCUUCACCUGCAAGCUCAAGUCCACCAUCCCCUUCCUGGGGCGCAAGGCCCUGGAGCAGCAGCGGGCCGAGGGCCUCCGCAGACGCUUGGUGUGCUUCACUGUGGACGAAAAAGUGCCCAUGUUCGGCCUGGAGGCCAUCUGGAGGAACGGCCAGGUGGUGGGCCACGUGCGCAGGGCUGAGUUUGGGUUUGCCAUCGACAAGACCCUUGCCUACGGCUACAUCCGGGAUCCCAGCGGAGGGCCCGUCUCCCUGGACUUCGUGAAGAGUGGGGACUACAGCCUGGAGAGAAUGGGGGUGACCUACCCUGCCCGGGCUCACCUGAAAUCUCCCUUUGACCCUGACAACAAGAGAGUGAAGGGGAUCUACUGAUGGGGCCCAUGGGGCAGGCCUCGGCUGCUCAGGAGGCCAGAGACCUGCCCCAUCCAUGACUCCCACGGGGCCUGCACCACCCUGGGCCCUGCGACCUGGACCCGGGCCAGAACUUGGGUCCUCCCUACCCUCAGUCCAGGCCUGUUAACCCCCAACAGAUAUAGAUAGGGAGGGUGGAAAGAAGACCCCUAGGGCCCAGCCUGUGGUCACUGAUCUAAAGGUGGUCUCUAGUCCACCCCAUUCCCCCCAAACAGACCCAUAGUGUCUUGGGCUCUGGGUCCGUGACAAGCUUCCUAGAAGGUGCUUAGUCAGCCCGGAUGAGCCCAGAGUACAAGAGGGAGGCAAAGAGGCCCCACCUGCUAUUCUGAGCCUUGGAGAUUUUCAAGGUGCCUCCGGAAUCAGGGACAGAGCAGGAUUGAUUAGUAAUGUCUGCCUCAGGCACAGUAUUAAGGCAGGGCUCACACGUGUAGGCUAGAACUGUCCCUGUGACCAAGGCCACUUGGCAGGAUGGUCUGUUACCCAGAUCCCAGGAGAGGUGGAAAUCUGGAAGGAAAGCUCCUCCUGCCUUGACCUAUUAGUUUAUCCCUUGGAUCCUCCUGAGAGUUUCCAGCUGUGAAAUCUGGGAGCAGGGAGCAGGGGGUGAGAGGGGCUUUGUAUCAGUGCCGCCCUUCACCCAUGCAGAAAUGCCAUCUCCUGCCUCAGUUUCCCCUGGAGCCCCUUGGAGACUAUAUCUCAGUAAGAAUCUGACAGAAUCCUCC